GUGUGUCAGUGCGCUGGCUGCUCGUGCGGUGGCUGGAGGGAAGCAGAGGAGCUGCUGAGAGAUGGAAGCGGAUCACAGCGCUGAUGAAGAGUUUACCACCCAGCCCACCUACAUGGAUUUCACCAUACUGUACACAGAGUGCAUCACCAUCAACGACACCGACAUCCUGCUGAACUACACCUUCUCUUCAUACUACCAGCACUCUCCACCGGUGGCCACCGUCUUCAUCCUGGCCUACAUCCUCAUCUUCUUCCUCUGCAUGGUGGGCAAUCUGCUGGUCUGCUUCAUCGUGCUGAAGAACAAGCAGAUGAGGACAGUUACCAACAUCUUCAUCCUCAACCUGGCCAUCAGUGACCUGCUGGUGGGCAUCUUCUGCCUGCCCAUCACCUUAGCCGACAACCUGGUAACAGGCUGGCCCUUCGAUGAAGUGACCUGUAAAAUGAGCGGCCUCAUCCAGGGGGCCUCAGUCUCCGCCUCCGUUUUCACGCUGGUGGCCAUCGCAGUGGAAAGGUUUCGCUGCAUCGUCUACCCAUUCCAGCAGAAACUCACCCUGCGCCAGGCCAUCAUCACCAUCGCCUUCAUCUGGGCUUUGGCCAUCAUCAUCAUGUGCCCUUCUGCGGUCACGCUGACCGUCUCCCACGAUGCCUUUCACUUCAUGGUGGACCGGGACAACGCCACAUACCCGCUGUACACUUGCUGGGAGGCGUGGCCAGAUCAGAGCAUGAGGAAGAUCUACACCAUGGUGCUGUUCUUGCACAUCUACCUGGCACCUGUCACUCUCAUCGUGAUCAUGUACACCCGCAUCGCCCUCAAACUCUUCAAAUCUCCCGCUUCCAUCCGUGACGCCCAGGCCGAGGACGAGGGCCGGCGAGUGUACCGCAGGAAGAUCCGCGUGGUCAACAUGCUCCUGAUUGUGGCGCUUUUGUUCACUGUGUCCUGGCUGCCCCUGUGGAUCAUCAUCCUGCUGACCGAUUACGGCAACAUGAGCUCCAGUCAGUUAAACGUUAUAGCGGUCUACAUCUUCCCCUUCGCUCACUGGUUGGCUUUCUUCAACAGCAGCAUCAACCCCAUCGUCUACGGCUACUUCAACGAGAACUUCCGCAGAGGCUUCCAAGCAGCGUUCAAGUUUGGACUCUGUCUGGUGGAGAUGCCACCUCAACCUACUGUGGCAAUGGCAGCCGGAGAGACGUAUCGGAGGAAGGGGACGUGGAAACGGAAUCGGGUGUUUGUGGACGGAAGAUUGGAAAAUGGGAGCACUCAGUUGAAUGGGAGACGAGAGUUUUGUAAUGGAGAGACACAGAACGAACUGGUGCUGGAGGAUCUGGAGUAAAUUAACUGGUGUCGAAAGAGCCUGAGGAACUGAACACACUAGUGCUUGAAGCCAGUGGUGAACUCAGGCUAUUUGAAGGACAGAAGAGAUCUCAGUUGAUCUCAGUGGACAUUCUAAAUUUCUUGAUCUAGAGGGCACAUCAUUAACAUUCAUUGCAAGAAGGGCACCCUAGCAGGCACUCAAUCACUUUUUUCUCCACAAGAAGGGCAGCCAAAGUGGCACUUUUGGUCUCCUUUUACCACUCUAGAGGGAACUGAGGUGAUGCUUGGUCAACCGUGUGGGCACCAGAGAAGGUAAACCUGGAUUACAGUUGUGUCCCAGUUGCCUUCAAACCAACACAUAUGACACUAUUUAUGAUAAACUGAUUUCCAAGCCCAUCCUCAGGUAAUCCUGGGUCAGUUAGGCUGCGUUCAGACUUGCAGGCUUUGAUUCUCAAACCUAUCGGAUUUGCCUGUCUGGACAUCACAAAUAUAUCAGUUGUGCGCUGUGUCAACCUUUCGAUAUCAACCUUUGCCGUUGUUCUUGGACUCCUGCAUUCCAUCACUCUGGGUUUGAUGAGUUCAUUGUUUGUUGUGUUGUGACUGAAGCAAAAUAUGUUUUGAAAUCUGAUUUCUAAAUCCAGAGCAUCUGUAAAAAAAAAAAAAAAACUGAAUCUGAAUUGGGAUCUGGAUGUGUGCUGGGAUCUGAAUGUGUGAGCACCAUGCAGGGCAGUGAUAUUCCAGGACUAAUCACUUAGAACUUGGCCUUAUUUUGUGGCAAAUGACCUUAAAAGGAGUCAUCAGUCUUAUCCAGGAAAGGAUAUUUCUACAGUAUGUUCUAUGGACUUUGUUCCACAGCCAAGGCUGCAGUCUAAGUAGGACUUUCCUACAGUAUAUCAAGACUUCUUCUUAGUAACCUAUUGGUCACAUAUAUUGAACUAAGACUUGGUGGUGACCAAAAGACAUCUUUCAAAUCUAGCAGCGCUAAACUGUUGCAGCUGAGUAAUGCAGACCUAAGCAUAGGAACAUUUCCAAUUUAAUCUUGGAUGUUGGAAUUUUUAAACUGGAACGCACCGACAAGUUAGAAUUCCUACUCAAAAAGACAGGAAAGCCUUGCAAACCCCAAGUUUACGGUUUACAAGUAUACGGUUUAUCAGUUCUAUCUAAUAGUGUCUAAUUAAAUCAGUUGUACACACAGUACCAUCCAACUUCUCUCUGUGUACAUGUUUCCAUGCUGUUUGGAUGUGCCAAAUACUAUAUAACUGCGAUUAAACAAUAGUGUUAUCUGUGCUAAUCUGGGUCAAUGCAAACCUGAUACAUAAAAAGUGAAAAAAACUUUUGGUUGAUUCUUUCAAAAAAAAAAAAAAAAAACACUGGUGAAUGACUCAUAGAUUUGUUAUGUUAAACUCAAAAGUCUUUAUUUGACUGCUUUUUUUAAUGUUUGAAUUUGUGUAAUAUUAUUUCACUGGAAGCAAGUCAACUCAGGUGUGAUGUUCCUCUCAGCUCCAACAUCCGUCUUCAGAGGUAAAUGAAACGUAGCACAAUGUGAUGCAGUUUGUUUUGCAGGAACAGACCAUCCUACUGUUAUUUUUUAUCAGUGAUGUCACCAGACACUUCAUGUUCACAGUGUUCAGUACAUUAACGCACAUAUUUACUACAACCUGCCGUACCAUAGAUUGUAAAUUGUAAAAAAAUGGAAAUAAAGUGUUGCAUAAAUUAUCAUUUGCAGUGUUUAUAUGUACAUUAGGUAAUAAAACUUUUUGUUUCGCAAGCAAA